AUGGCUUCAUCAUCAAUCUCACAAUCACCUAUCCUGCAUUCAAUCGCAGCUACUCAUCUGAAGCCUCGCUCGAAUCCCACUACUUCAUUUCCAUGGAGGCGCAGAACAUUUCGUCUCCCGGUCAUCCGAGCAAGCACACUCUGUGAAAGCUCGGCUCUCCUUCAUGCAGCCAAGCAUACUGUCGAUACCUACAUUGAAAAUGGCAUGGUCGUCGGGUUGGGGACCGGCCAAGCUUCUGCAAUGGCUAUACAGUAUUUGGGUCAGCAACUGCGUUCUGGCGCUUUAAAAGAUUUGGUAGGCAUACCCAUGACUGUUGCCAUUGCAAGUGAAGCUGCAAAGGCAGGCAUUCCAUUGGAUCAAUAUGCAACUACUUCUCAAAUUGAUUUUGCGUUCGCCGAUGCUGAUGUGAUGGAAGAAGAAACGCUAGUUGCAGUUAUUGGUAGGAGAAAAUUACAGGAGGACGAGUCUCUAAUUCAAGAGAAGCUGCUCCUAAAUGCAGCUAGGAAGCUUGUAUUCAUGAUGACUGAGAAACAGUAUAAAAGUGACCUGGAGGGUUCUAUCCCAGUCCUGGUCCAGUCUCUGGGCUGGAUGGAAGCUGCUGAAGCAAUUGAAGACUUGUUCUUAGGAGAUGCAGAGGUAUGGAGAAGAGCAGCCAUAGGACAAGCAGGUCCAACAGGUGGAGAUUUCCCUUUGAUCACUAGAGAAGGUCACAACAUCCUGGAUCUCAUCUUCACUUCUCCAAUACAAAGCCUUGGUGAAGUAGCUCGAAGCCUUGAUAAAUUGGGCGGGGUUGUGGACCAUGGAGUCAUUUCCAAAUACCCAUGCACUGCAGUGAUUGCUUCUUCUGAGAACGGGCUACGAAUUGUUGACCAGAUGCCAAGAGACGCUGCCGGAAUCGCUUAA